AUGUCAGUGGAUACACCGCCUCCAUUCCGCUACCGUGCUCCCAGCAAAGUACACUACAUGGACACCGACUACCAGAAUAAAAUGGGCCCCAAUAUGGAGCCCUGGGCUAGCCCGGCUGGAGAGGAGGGAGAAGGACCUGCCGCCGGACAAGUGGUGAAGACGUUCCUCUCCGAGAGGCUGUCUGCUCACGCGAUACCGAGAAUCUUCAAAAGUCCGUCCAUGGUGGUGGACCAGACUCGUGUCCAUUUUCCAGCUGUGACCAUUUGCAGCCUGAACCCGCUGGUCAGAAGUCGAGCCAUGAACACACGGUGGAAGUCAGCGGCAGAAAUGGAGCCGUUCUACUCAGCUCCAGCUGAAGCUCCAACGACGCAGCAAACUUCCAUCCGUCGAAAAAGAGCGGUCGAGUCCACCACUACUGCCGCCUCUACCGGGUUCACCACUACCGCUGCUUCUACCGAAACCAGUUUCUAUUCGGAUAUGUAUGACUCGUACUCUACCAUGGACGGUUCUACCACAACCGGUGGAUAUGCUACGUCGUGGUACAGUACGGACGGCAGCGGUUCUACCAGUGACGGUUUCAGUGGAAGCACAGAAGGCAGUGGAUAUACGGACGGUUACAGUGGAUCCACGGAAGGUUACAGUGGAUCCACAGAUGCUUAUAGUGCAAGCACAGAUGGAGUGAGCGGAUGGGUUGAAGGUAGCGGAGAAGUCACAACAGCAUCAGGAACAACAUUCUCUUCAGAUCAAAGCACAACAAUAACGACUACCGAAGCGGCUACCGAAACGACAACUGAAACAACUACUGUACAGCCAACAACCGUCACAACAACAACCGAAACGACAACGGAAGCCACAACAAUCCAAGCUACUACAACCCAGCCGAGAACUACUACACAGACUACUACGACUACUACGACCACUACGACUACGACAGCAGCUUACACCACUACCGUGGCCUAUUCUUCACCGGAGUACAACGCUACAACUUCUUCCUACAACUGGACCAGUCAGUGGGAUUAUGAUCCGUCGUACAAGACUGAUUUGGAGGAUAAUCUACAGGAACAGUUCUACCAAGCCGACCUAGAAAACUUCACCACCGUGCUCCAAGCCAUGAAAACUGUUGACGGGAGUGAGAUAGCGGACGUUUUCACCCCAUCACGAGACGAGAUUCUCGAGGCGGGUGUUCGACCUGAGGAAUUCAUCACCUCGUGUAGUUUCGAUGGGGAGGCAUGCGAUUUCACGUAA